AUGGCCAUUAAGAAACCAAAUGCUGUGAAGAGGUGCAUGGGGCUGACGUGCGCCCAGCCGGCCACCCCAGAAGCGCAGCAGGUUGCCGACGAGGUGAAGCUUCAGGUGGAAGAAAAAGAAGGGAAGAAAUUUGAGGUCUUCACUGCUGUGGAGUUUAAAACUCAGGUGGUUGCUGGAAUAAACUACUUCAUCAAGGUCCAUGUUGGCAAUGAGGAGUUCUUGCACUUGCAGGUGUUCAAAAGCCGUCCCCAUGAGAACAAACCUCUGAGCCUCUCCAGUUAUCAGAGCAGCAAGACUAAGCAUGAUGAGCUGACUUACUUUUAGCGGCUCUUUGGAAGAGCCCCUCUCAAUUUUUUUUUUAUAGGCUACAAAGUGAUGUUUCCUAUACCAAUGAAUAGAAUGAAAGUGCAUUGAAAAA